GGUUAGUGGUGGAAUAUUGUCCACUGUCCAGGUCUGACAAAUUGUUGUCUCUAUCACUUUACGACCUGAGUCUAAGCUAUCCACAUCAUAUCAGCUUACCCUAUUUUCACGGCAAUGCUCGUACUGUUUCUUCACUAAAGCAGGUAACAGUGGAUUUCAUGAGCAUGAUAUUCUCCGCCGCUACUUAUUUAGCGUUAGCUGGAGCGGCUUGGAUUUUUUUACGCCUUUUCCAGGCAUGCUUUUGGCUUCCGCGUCACCUAAAGCGGCAAAAUAAUCUGCAAGACAUGUUACAAGAAAAGGUGAGUAGUUACGAGAAGUAUAUACUAGAGUGCGAAGAAAAAGAAAAAGCAGCUGCCGAAGCAGGAGAAGCUGGCGACAGCGACUUGAUCGCUCUGGAUGACAAGGGCUCGCUUGAAGAAUGCGAGAGGAAACCUAUCCCGAUAGAUGAGAAGAAAUGGAAGGAGCGCCGAGAGUGCUUAGAGAUGCUGAAGAAAGAGUUGAAGAGAGUUAGUGAUGGUGGCGAUCCCUAUGACUGGGAACAUCUUCUUGAGGAAGAAGACGAGGAGGAGGAAGAAAAGAAGAAAGAAGAAGGAAAGUCUGAUGAAGAAAACGAAAAGAAUGAUGACCUUCCGGAAAAAGAUCUAGAGGAGAAGAAAGAACAGUGAAUAUUAAAUGGUAUUGUUAGAACUUACUUGCACUGUUUAAAGGUCAAUUUGAGACCAAAUUUUAAAGCCGUUUUUCAUAAAUUUUAUUAUUAUUAUUAUGGUAUUUUAAUGAACUCUUGUGAUUUGUGAUUUGUAUUUUUAAUAUAUAGAAUAGUUAUUAUUCUUAAGGAAAAAUAUUCUAUUUAAAUGUUGAAUCAUAUAAUGUUUAUCUUGACUAUCGAGUAUCAAGUGCCUUUUAUUUUAAUAAUUUCAGCACUCUGUGUGAUAUUUUUCUAAUAAAAUAUUUUAAUAAUAAUUGGUCAAAAUUUGAACUAAAGAGUGAUGUGAAUUUGAAGUGAAUAAAAAAAGAGUUAUUUUACAUUUAA